AGAAGUGGUGAAUAUAAUUAAAACUUCUUGAUCUUUUCCUUUCGAACCUGUUCGCAAAGACUGACUUGGAGCAUCCUUCAGCGUUACAACACUUUCCCUUCUCUCUUUGGAAAGAGAGAAAACAGGAGCAGACUCUCGGGUUGUGGACACCACGGCAGUAACUGUGGGAGCACAUCCAAAGACAAUGGUCCACUGUGCGGGCUGCGAGAGGCCUAUAUUGGACAGGUUUCUCCUUAAUGUUCUGGACAGAGCAUGGCACAUCAAGUGCGUACACUGCUGCGAGUGCAAAUGUAACCUAACAGAGAAAUGCUUCUCUCGAGAAGGAAAACUGUAUUGCAAAAACGACUUCUUUAGGCGCUUUGGAACAAAAUGCGCAGGUUGUGCUCAGGGGAUCUCGCCGAAUGACUUGGUCCGGAAGGCACGGAGCAAAGUGUUUCAUCUGAACUGCUUCACAUGCAUGAUGUGUAACAAGCAACUAUCCACGGGGGAGGAAUUGUACAUCAUAGACGAAAAUAAAUUUGUCUGUAAAGACGAUUAUUUAAGCAGCACGAACGGAAAAGACACCAACCUCCUUUCAGUUACAGCUUGCAGUGAUCCUAGUUUAUCGCCAGAUUCGCAAGACCAGCUACAGGACGAUGUUAAGGAUGCGGAAAUCGCAAACUCAUCGGACAAAGAAACGGGUAACAAUGAAAACGAUGACCAGAACCUCGGAGGCAAACGGAGAGGACCGCGUACCACUAUUAAAGCAAAGCAACUGGAGACACUGAAAGCGGCGUUCGCGGCGACCCCCAAACCAACCAGACACAUCAGGGAGCAACUGGCGCAGGAAACGGGUCUCAACAUGCGAGUUAUUCAGGUAUGGUUUCAGAACCGGCGGUCCAAAGAGCGGCGCAUGAAACAGCUGAGCGCGCUCGGCGCGAGGAGACACGCGUUCUUCCGGAGUCCGAGAAGAAUGCGAACGCUCGUGGACAGACUCGAGCCUGGAGAAUUAAUUCCAAACGGCCCGUUUUCAUACUAUGGAGAUUAUCAGAGCGAGUACUACGGUCCAGGAGGGAAUUACGACUUCUUUCCACAAGGCCCCCCAUCUUCGCAGGCUCAGACUCCUGUAGAUCUCGCUUUUGUUCCAUCGUCAGGACCCACCGGUACCCCACUAGGGGUCAUGGACCAUCCUAUCCCCGGCCACCAUCCAUCCAGUGAAGUACAACGCUUUUCAGACAUCAUGUCUCACCACCCAGGGGACUCGCCCAGUCCAGAGCCAGGGAUACCUGGACCCCUGCACAGUAUGUCCUCAGAUGUUUUUGGACCCAGUCCGUCCUUUACAUCCAUCCCCCUCAACGGCAGCGGAUACAGCAACCACCUCUCCCACCCUCCGUCAGAAAUGAACGAGGGCACGGUCUGGUAGCUUCUGUGAACGGACAUUUCAGCAGAGGAGGGAAGGUGGGAACAGGGACACUGGCCGCACAUUCUGGUUAUCAUUUUUGUCUUUUCCCCACCGUUUUUCCAUGUCAUAAAUGUGGUUGGACAGCUCACAGAGACAGCAGCAGAGGGCAGCAUGGGCAUUGACAUUUCCCUUCUUCAACUUGUUGUGUUGAUGUUCCAUUUCCUUCUUUCUUUCUUUAUCCCAAGUCCGAACUCAAGAAGAGAAAGAAUUGAUACUGUUGACCCGGGUGCUGUAUGAACUCUAUGAGCUACAAGGCCCAGAGUAGCAGCGUCCCUCCAGAAGCUCAAUGCGUACCACCAGUUAAACCGCCGCUCUAAAAACAGCGAUUGCGACACAUUAACAGCGUCAGCUACCGUCAAAGACUUGUCAGCUUUACAGAGAAACACCCAAGGCGGCUGAUCUAACGCUAACCUGCAAUGUUGACUCCAGGAAAGAUCUAAGCCGUCAGACUAAUUUAUUUAUUUGAAAACUCCUCAGACCUCCUUGCCUUUCAAGGCUCUGCCAUACUGACACUUAAACAUCCUUUUCGACACUAAAUAUGUUUCUGAAGGCCAGGGAGAAAAAGCUUUUUUUCUCGUUCUGGACAUAUCUUGUUUUUUUUCCCCCAAGAAUUCCACCAAAUCUGAAGAAGUUAGCCUUCAAAAGGCAAAAUGUUAAAAUGCGUAUGGAUGGUGAACCCUUUAUUUAAUGGAAGAGAACUUGAAAUGUUGAUAAAUGAAGUCUACCUUCUAAAAUUAUUUUAACAAGGGUCUGAAAGAGACAUAGA